GUUAUUCAUUCGCGAGUCGGACGUCGCGAGCGUCGGCCAUAUUGUUUUUUUAUUUUUUUUAUUUAUAAUCUGUGUCACAUCGGUCGUGCUAAAGACAGUUUUCGGAGGGAAAUAUUUGUGGAUUUUUGUGUUAAUUUUUACGAAAAAAAUAGUGUUUUUAUGGAAUUUUCUGUGCAUGUAAAAUAAUGUGAAGCCAGAAAACUAUGAGACAGAUAUAAAUUAACUAAAAGACUGAAAGUGAUGUAAAGACAAUAUAUAUCACAAUGUCUGAAAAAGAGGAACAUAAGGAAGGUCCUGUGACGGCUGAGGAUCUGCCUAUGACAUUUCAAGUAAAAUACUUGGGACAGAGCGACGCACGAGGACUAUGGGGCAUCAAGCACACGAGGAAACCAGUCGACCUCAUGGUGUCUGCAGCUAAGGCAUUACCUCCAGGCCAAGCCUUACCAAUAGUAAAACUGAUGAUAGCAUUAGAUGGUGUCCACCUAGAACCAGUCUCCCAUGGAACAAAAACUGACGAAUUUGACCAGAUGUCAGUGUUCUUCAACAUAGAGUCCAUCUCCUAUGGAGUUCAGGACCUGGUGUACACCAGGGUGUUCUCCAUGAUAAUAGUCAAGGAUACUGCUGAUGUCAAGGGUCUGAAUCCGUUUGAAUGUCAUGGUUUUGUUUGUGAGUCCAGGAACGCAGCGAGACGUUUGACGUACGCGUUAGCAGCAGCCUUCCAAGACUAUUCUAGAAGAGUGAAGGCGUUACAGGCUAACGCUGAGUAUGAAGAGCCAGUUCCCCCAAAGAUGAGGUUUGCAAUAGACCUGCGCACUCCAGAAGAAAUAGAGGCGGACUUGGAGACGGAGGCGUAGUUACUGAUAGCUAUUUAUAUAUUCUUCUGUAUUCUGGAUGAACUGGGUAAUUGUUUUAGAUUAAUCUUACAAGUAUUAUAAAAUGCGAAAGUUUGUGUGUAUA